AUGUCACAUUAUAUUGUUCAACCUACAACAACGACUAUAACUGCUACUACUACUACUACUACAUUAUUUAACAAUCAACAACAAGAACAAAAACCACCUCGUGCACAAUCGCCCUCAUUUAUUCGUAAAAGAAAUUUAAAACAAUUAGCGUGUCAACAACAAUUAUUACUUCAAAAUGAUAUCGGAGAUCUUCGUAGUGAUCUUCAAACUGAUUCUUCUUCAUCAUCUUCAUCAUUUUCUUCUGCAUCAUCGUCACCAAUUACUUCGUUGCCAACAUCGACAUCGUCUACUGUAGUCACAUGUGAUUUAUUAAAUGUAAUAACAGAUCAACGUUUUAAACCGGUAUUCGAAGCUAUCGAUGAAAUAAAAAAACGUAAAUGUCGUCCAGAUUUAGAUCGUAUUAUUAAAUAUGUCACAAAACGUAAUAAUAAUUAUUUAAGAAAUGAUAUAUUAAUAAUCAUUGAUGAACUAUUAAAGUUAGGUUUAGUAACGAAAAUAUUUCAUAAAGGCGGUUUUACAAUUCGUAUAAAAAAUGAUAAAUGUGCAAAAUUAAUUGAACGUAUGAAUAAUUUUAAUAUUCAAAAAUCAGUCAUAUCUUCUUCCCCAUCAUCCAUGCAUUUAAGUGAUAAUACAAAUCAACAACAACAAGUACUAAUGCAAACAAUAACACCUACACAACUUGUUUUGAAUUCUAAUGAAGAAAAUACUCAUACAUCAAAUUUAAUUGUUAUUGAACAAAAACCAAAUAUGAAAGAAAAUAAAAUUAAUAAUGAUGGAAAAUUCUUAUUACCAUUACCGCCACCACCACCAUCUCCCAUUAUUCCCUUAUCACAAUCAGUAAUAUCAACAAAACGAACAAGAAAUAGUAAAAAAACUGCUAAAGUUAAAAAACGUAAAUUAACACAGUCCAUAUCUAGUUUAGAUAUUGAAUUUAAAACAUUACCCGUAGUCACUUAUAAACAAUCAUCAUCAUCAUCGUCCAUUCUAACAAUGGAAUUAAUACUUGGAUUAAAUGGUGAAAUACCUGAUGUACAUUCAUGGACAACAGAUGAUUUAAAUAAAUUUUUUACAUUAAACGGCUACGAUUACGCAUCUCAAGUAUUUAAAAAGUAUCGUAUUAAUGGAAAUAAUUUCUAUUCGUUAAAUAAAGAAUUAGUAUUUAAAAAAUCAAUGUUAAAGGUUGGUAAAGCAUUAAAACUUUGGAAUAUUAUUCAACAGAUACAACAGAAUCAAUCAUUACGUGUUUCUUGA